UCACCAUUUUUAUGUUCCUCUUCUUCUUCCUCAUUUUACCUUCCUCCAAUUCUUUGCUCAACUCCCUAUCCAUCAAUGCCACCCUCCGGCGACAGCCUCGAAAACUCACCGUUAAUUACUAUGCCAAGACUUGUCCUAAAGUUGAAAUUCUCGUUGGCUCAGUAACCUCCCAGAUGUUCAAAGAUGCCCCUGCCUCUGGCCCUGCCACCAUUCGCCUCUUCUUCCAUGAUUGCUUUGUUGAAGGGUGUGAUGGGUCAAUAUUGAUAUCAAGUAAACCAGGAAGCAAAGAAUUAGCAGAGAAAGAUGCAGAAGAUAAUAAGGAUUUAGCUAAGGAGGCAUUUGAGGGCAUAAACAAAGCCAAAGCUGUGGUGGAAAGCAAGUGUCCAGGUGUUGUUUCCUGUGCAGACAUUCUUGCCAUUGCUACCAGAGAUUUUGUCCACUUAGUUGGAGGACCAUAUUAUCAAGUGAAGAAAGGAAGAUGGGACGGAAAAAUAUCAAAGGCAUCAAGGGUGCAUCAAAAUCUUCCCCAAUCAAACUCAACGGUGGAUCAACUUUUGAAAAUCUUUUCCUCAAAAGGACUCACACCAGAAGACCUUGUGGUCCUCUCCGGCGCGCACACCAUUGGUUUUGCACAUUGCAAACAAUUUGUGAACAGACUCUAUGACUACAAAGGGACCAAGAAACCUGACCCUUAUAUGGAUCCUAGGCUUCUCAAGGCUCUCAAAUUGUCUUGUCCACAAUUUGGUGGCAAUGUUGAUAUUGUAGCACCAUUUGAUGUGACAACUCCUUUCUCAUUUGAUAAUGCUUAUUAUGGGAAUUUGGAAGCUAAGUUGGGAUUGCUGGCUUCUGAUCAAGCUCUGUCUUUGGACCCUAGAACCAAGUCUUUUGUUCAAGAUUUGGCAAAUGAUAAGCAUAAUUUUUUCCAAGCUUUUGCUGCUGCUAUGGAGAAAAUGGGAAAUAUUGGGGUGAAAAGGGGUAGAAAGCAUGGGGAAUUUAGAAAGGAUUGCACUAUGCAUAUGUGAGUCUUGGGUUGUUGGAUCUAAUUUCUCCUAAUUCUUCAUUUUUUUCAUUUGAUUGUUAUUUCUUGGUCCUUUUUUUCCUUUUUAUUUUGAAGGAAUCUUGUACACAUCUAUGAUAGUGACUAAAAGCAAAUAAAAAAGGAAAAACAUAAUUUCUUUUGGCCUUAA